UUGUUUUUUUAAUUCAAACGGAUGCUCGUUGGAAGUACAUCGGCAUUUCCCCACAUGCGUCCAGGUGACGUCACAGCACGUCGCGCGACGGAGUGAGACACUAGGAAGAGACGAGCUGCCGUCUGCUGGAGUUCAAACUCUCUAGCGGGACAACUAGCCGGUUAGCUUAGCUUCGCUCUGCAAAACUCCACCGACAUGGAGUUCGACGACAGCGUUAUGAUCCCGCGCGCACACGCCGAGAAGGGGGCCGAACACAAGCAGCGGAUGACGCUCCACUGUCAGCAGUGCAGCGCCGUCUGGGGGGAUUCCUUCAGCAUCUGCGGGGAGGUUAGAAGCAUGGACUCCAUCGUGUGUCUGAGAGUCACCAACGACGUGGUCAUCAGUGAUGUCUUGGAAUCAGGACAUGGAGGGGAGCUGGCUGGCUGCAUCUACAGUGCUCUAAAAUGUCGCGGUUGCUGCUGUGCUGUGGGGAAAGUGAUUCACUCGGCCCCGUGGCGCUUGGCCUCCGUCCGCUCCAUGUUUCUCCUCCACAAAGCAAACACCAGUUGUUACAUGCUCAACCACAGCUCAAUGGUCACGGCCUCCUCGCUGACAUUUGAUCUGAAGCCCCUCGGAGAAAGCAUGAAUAAGCUGAGGCAGCAGUUUGAAGCGCAGUUGGAUGAGAUGUCCCGGCUCCACAGCAGACUGGCUGACAGCAGCGUUACCGGUGAAUUUGUGAAGUAGCGCGCAGAGGCUCGUGUGCCGAGGCUCGCGUCCUCUGCGCCGAUCCCUCCUGUAGACCAGUUUGUUGUAAAUCUUUCUUCUCAUGUUUUAUGUUUCCAUUAUAUAUUUCUAAUGAUGGAAAGAAAUAUUUUGUCUUUUAUUUAAAGUGACUUGUAUAUUACAUUGUGUACCUGCAUUUGAUUUCUGGGAAAUGUCAUUGUGCACCAAAACUCAAUUAAAAACAGCUUAAAUGUAUCUGCUACCAUCGGCAUCUGCUGUUUACAGCGACACUGACAUGCAGUCAGAAGCACAAGGCCAUACAAACGUAUCGUAAACUAAGCCCCCAACGGUUGGAUCACUCGCUAUAAUUUAUCCUGUUUGUCUGUAUAUGUUCCAAAUGAGUAAUUCCCCGUGAAACAAUUGUUCAUUUAUCUUUUGGUGGAUUUAAUAAACAAUCUGUUAAACAAA